UUCCCAUUCCUCUCGGAGUCCGGAGAUGGCCGUGUUGUCUCGUGGUGAGAAGCUUGGUACUAUUGUUUGUGUUCUGGCACAUGUAUCGUUAUUGGUGCUCGUGCUAGCUCCCUGUGUGUGCAAGGCGACUGGUGACAACUACGGCGGCGGCCUCUCCGACGACCACUACAGGGAGUCCUGCCCGGAGCUGGAGAUCAUCACCAAGAAGUCCCUGGCGCCGAUCUUCGCCGUGGACAUCACCUCGCCGGCCGCCCUCCUCCGCCUGCUCUUCCACGACUGCCAAGUCCAUGGAUGUGACGGCUCCAUAUUGCUCAGCUCCGACGAGCGCCGGCACACGACCUCGGAGCUGGACUCACGCAAGAACCACGGCAUCCGGCACGUCGGCACGAUCGGGCUCGUGAAGGCGGCCGUGGAAGCGGCCUGCCCCGGCCUGGUGUCCUGCGCCGACAUCGUCGUCCUGGCGGCGAGGGAGGCCGUGGCGCACGCCGGCGGGCCGCGCAUCGCCAGCGUGCCCCUUGGCCGGAGGGACGCCACCACUACCAGCACGCAGGCCGCCGAUGCGCAGCUUCCGUCCUGUUUCCUCGGGAUUGACGGCGCGCUCGACAUCUUUACCAGCCACGGCAUGACCGUCGAGGAGACAGUCGCCAUUCUAGGAAGCCACACGCUGGGGGGUGGCCACUGCAUCAGCAUAGACAGCGGCCGCGAGUGGCGUGACAAGGCUUUCCAGGCCCUGGUGUAUCUGCAGUGCCCCAAGAUCGUGCCGCCACUGAUCACAGAGGCCGUCGUUGUGUCCAGCGACCUGACGCCGACAUGGUUCGACACCCACUACUACUGGGGCGCCGCCGCAGGCCGUGGGCUCUUCAACGUCGACGCCGAGGCUUCCACCGACGCGCGCACGGCGGCCUACGUGAGGAAGUUUGCUCACGACAGGGAGGGCUUCUUCGGGGUCUUUGCCUCGGCGUUCGUGAAGCUCGCUGGGUUUGGCGUGCUCACCGGUGAGGAGGGUGAGAUCAGGAAGGAGUGUCAUGUCGUCAACUACUGAUCAACUGCUAUAUAUAUAUCGUUUGGCGUGGG